AUGGAUGUGCACGAGAGCACGGCUCAGAUCGCAUCGUUUCUGCAAGAGCUGUAUGCCACGUUUCUGCCCGAGAUACCCGACAACUGUUGCAUAUUAGCUGUUACAGUUCUGGUCUUCUAUGAUUACUUCCUUACGCUGUCGCAAGAAGUACAAUAUGUCUGGAAGAGCCGCAGUUCCUCAGCAUCCAUAAUCUUCUACCUCAAUCGCUACCUAAUUUUGGCACUGUCCUUAAUCGAUCUGGUCGGGUUCUUCCCUCUCAACUCGCCAGCAAUAAUGUGGUAUGCGGUAUGGGCAGCAUUCUCGUGCCUGCGGGUGUUCGCCAUCAGCGGGCGCGAUUGGCGCACGGCCGUUUUCACGCUAAUCUUUGGUCUGGUGCCCUGCGUGACAACUAUGUACGGCAUGAUCAGAACGUCUUAUUACGUAUCGUUUCCGGACGGCGUGUGCAUAGCACAAAUGGCGUUCUCGACGGCUACAGCUGACAAGUAUGCAACCUAUCUCAUGGUUCUUCAGAUUCCGCUGGUCAUCGCGACGCGCGUGUGCCUCAUCGUAUCCGACAUCAUAGUCAUAGCGGCGACGUGGUACUACAUGAGCAGGGUCGAGCUGUCGGCUCAGGCGCCGUCAUCUGUCGCAACGAUUCUAGUCCGAGACGGAACGCUGUACUUCAUAUUACUCCUCGCAAUGAACGUAUUGCACAUCAGCCUCUUUAUAACCUCUGUGUUUCAAUGCACAGUCGACUUCAUAGUCCGAAUCACAGCCGUCCUUGUCACCCGCUACCUCCUUAACCUCCGCCACUUCCGCUCGUCACAGAAAGACAUCCUCGACUCCGUGGAGUCAUACACCAUGCACGCCUCCUCCGACAACUCGUUCUCGCCGCGCGCCGAGGCGACGCUGUCCACUAUCAGUAGCAGCAGCAGCACCACUGGGUCGAGCACGGAGCAAUAUUCACUGGGAUCGUUUAGGAGCACGGCUGGAACGUGGGGCGUGAAAGACGUGUCGAGGGUGAAGUUGGAGGAUAUUGCGGAGACGGAUUUGGAGGAGGAAGUGCAGUCGGGCGAUGAGAUGGAGUUGACGGAAAUAUCAUCUUUCAGUGCUCCAAGCGAUGGGCGGACAUCGGAAACGACACGACAUGCUGAGCUCAGCGACGUUUAA